AUUGCUGCGGCCCGGCAAGCGCAGGCCACAGCAGGGUUCUAGCGCGCCCAUUCAGUUCCGCCUGCCGCCGGCACCGGUGUGUUACCCGGAACUGCCGGGCAGAGCAGCAUGACGUCCGCCUUGGAGAACUACAUCAACCGAACUGUUGCUGUUAUUACAUCUGACGGGAGAAUGAUUGUGGGAACACUAAAAGGUUUUGACCAGACCAUUAAUUUGAUUUUGGAUGAAAGCCAUGAACGAGUAUUCAGCUCUUCACAGGGAGUAGAGCAAGUAGUACUAGGAUUAUACAUUGUAAGAGGUGACAAUGUCGCGGUCAUUGGAGAAAUUGAUGAAGAAACAGAUUCUGCACUUGAUUUGGGGAAUAUUCGAGCAGAACCUUUAAAUUCUGUAGCACACUGAGGAAAAACUACAUACUUGGACAUCUAUAAAUCUUUGUACAGAAACUGAUUAUUCUGAGGAUGAUGUGUGGAAUUUUUAUGAAUGUGUAACUGGAUUUUGACUCCUUAUCGAUUUAUUACAAUAUGUAAAUUAAAAUAUUUCUGCAUUUUAUUGAAAAAAA